GAAUAACCACUGUGCUGACCAUGACAACUUUGAGCAUCAGUGCCAGGCAUUCCUUGCCUAAAGUUUCCUAUGCCACAGCCAUGGAUUGGUUCAUAGCUGUAUGCUUUGCCUUUGUAUUCUCUGCAUUGAUUGAAUUUGCGGCUGUCAACUAUUUUACGAACAUUCAGAUAGAAAAAGCCAAAAGGAAGGGGAUGAAAUCUAUCCCUGAAUGUUCAGCGGCCCCUCUACAGAAGGAAAUUUGUACAGAGGAGACAUCCACGUGUACAGAUUCAAAUUCAAAAGUGAGGAAAAGAACAAACACAGAUUUGGAGACUGCCAAAAGAAUUGACCCAGGAAACAAUUCAUUAACUCAGGGGCCCUUGGACAUUAUGCCCCGAUCGCCUUCAGCUUCAAGUCCAAACCCGUUCAGCCGAAUUAAUAUAUCAGAAACACUGGCUUCUGCAAGAGCAACUCCUUCAGCUCCUCCAUCCAGCCCAGUUUUAACUGGUUAUAUGGCCCAGCAGGGCAUCAUGGGAUCUCCAUCCAUUCAUCAUUUACUUGGAUCUAGACUGGAGGAGAUUAAGACUACCACAAAUGCUUUGGGAAUGUCCACAAAAUCCCCAUGCCUCACUUCUCCUCCUGCUCCAUCAGCCUGCAGCUCUGGCACCAGUAAGAUAGACAAAUAUGCACGCAUUUUGUUUCCUGUCACUUUUGGAGCAUUUAACAUGGUCUAUUGGGUGGUUUAUCUAUCCAAGGACACCAUGGAAAAAUCAAAAAAUCUAAUCUAG